UCUAAUACGAUGCAACGCGUUCUAACGUUUUCCUAGAGCACUUUAUUAACAUAGUUUUCUGGGUCCAAAUUUUUUCAAGGGAACUGCAAUUAAUCAACUUUUUGCAAGGGAACCGAAAUUAACCCAAAAUUAAUCAAUUUCUCUUUUCUUGCACCUCGCGAAACUCUCAUCUGCUUUUCUCGGAGUGAAAUGGCCGACUUCUUCUCCAAGGCGGAGGUGACGAGCAGCGGCCGCCCCGUCCUCCUCCGCAGCGAAGUCGAAUGCCACCUUCUCUCCUCUGUAGACAUCGAAUCUGAAGACAACCACCACUUCUACCCCUUAAAAUCGGGCCUCCUCAUACUCACCACCCAUCGCCUCCUCUGGCUCCCUUCUUCAUCCUCCUCCUCCACUUCUUCAGCCGCAGCCAUCCCCCUUCACGCCAUUUCUCACAUCUUCUCCACCAAAAAAUCUCUCAAGUCCAUGUUUCACUCCCCAAGGAUCCGCUUCCAAGUCCUCGUCUCACCCGAUGGUCGGCUUUUUGAUCCGGCUUCUGGGUCUGGGUCCAGUUCUGGUUCGGGCUCGAAAUCCAUUGUACUGACGGCGGUGGUUAGGGGGAAGGGGGACUGCGAUGGGUUUUUGGGGAAGCUUUGGGAGAGUUGGCGGGCGAGAGCUUGGGAGUGUAAUGAGACUUCGGGUUCCGGCUCAGGUUCAGGUUCAGGCACAGGCACCAGCACGGCCACGAGUGGUGGGUUGUACUCGAGUGACGGGUCCGUGAGGAUGGUCGGCGUGGCCGGAAUUUUAAGGAAAGAGCAGGAAAUGUGGGAGAGUACUGAUAAGAGUUUGCAGGAUGCUUUUCAGGACUUAAAUGCUCUCAUGAGUAAGGCUAAAGAGAUGGUGAUGCUAGCAGAGAAGAUGAGGCAAAAGCUUUUGUCUGGGUCAAGUUCUCAAACAAGUGGAGCAAAUGAUGAGGAUAUGGGUUCAAAAGAAGAGAUGCAGGAUUGGUUGUUGAGUGUUGGUAUAAUAUCCCCAGUCACUAAGGAGUCUGCAGGUGCCCUAUAUCAUCAACAAUUAUCCCGUCAGCUGGCAGAUUUUGUGAGAACUCCACUACAGAGAGCAGGUGGAAUGAUCAAUCUUAUAGAUGCCUAUUGUCUCUUCAAUCGUGCUCGAGGCACAGAAUUGAUCUCUCCGGAUGAUAUGUUACAAGCAUGUUCCUUGUGGGAGAAAUUUGAUGUUCCAGUGAUGCUUAGGAAGUUUGAUAGCGGAGUCAUGGUCAUCCAAAACAAGUCCCAUAGUGAUGAGGAGGUUUUUGCUAGAAUCAAAGGCCUUGUGACUAAGCCUGAAGCCCUUCGAAGUGGCAUAAGUCCAAGUGAUGCUGCAAUUACGCUAGGGAUUGCUCCAGCCAUGGCUAAAGAGCAUCUUCUAACUGCUGAGAGCAAAGGUUUGCUUUGCAGAGAUAUAAGCCCUGAUGGCUUUCGCUUUUAUAUUAACCUGUUUCCUGAAAUUGAUCCACGUGAUGUCUACUUAGUGAAGGAUUAUGGGAUCUGCAAUACAUGGAUCAAAGCAGUUUCUACUUCUGGGUUGAAAUAAAUGCAUUUGGCUUUAGAUUUCUGGAAGCAUGCUCUCAGACAGCUUUCCCAUGCUCGAUUGGGACAAUGGAUUUUCUGCAUGUGGGGUAACUUACAAUCCAGUCUGCUUCUUUUUGUUGUAAAUAAGAACACGAGGAAAGCUGGUGAGCAACUCAGGAUAUGGUUUUGAACUUUUGAUUGAUAGUGUACACUGUAAGUUGUAACAAGAGAACAAUUGAUCCUUCAAUUGAAACUUCUAAAGCAAACUCAGCAAUACCGACUAGUGUUUAUUGGGUGUAGAGAUGUCAAUAAAGGCUUGAAUUACACGGCCAGCCAGCAGCAAAUUGCACAUGACUGAAUUGUUUCCCAUUCCAAUACUUUGUUGACAUUUGGAAGCUCAAUCGAAACUGUGCAAUAUCCUUUGGA